GCUUAGUAUAGACAUGGAUCUGUUGUCGGCGCAUGUGAAGUAGACCUCAAAUACACUCCAGAAGCUCCGUUUCGCACAAUUUUGACUGCAACAUUGAUAUCUGUGACAUAAUUUCGUUUUAUUUUCUUUGGCGACAUUGUACAUUUUGUUGAAAUUAGUUUAAAUAAAAUGACUGAGCAAUCGGCCCUGCUUUUGCGAAAACAGCUAGCAGAGCUCAACAAAAACCCAGUGGAAGGUUUUUCUGCUGGUCUUAUUGAUGAUGAUGAUAUCUACCAGUGGGAGGUUGUUGUGAUUGGCCCACAGGACACACUAUUUGAGGGUGGAUUUUUUAAGGCGAAUCUCAUUUUCCCUCAUGAUUACCCACUUCGGCCUCCCAAGAUGAAGUUUAUUACUGAGAUUUGGCAUCCUAAUGUUGCGAAGAAUGGAGAUGUGUGCAUUUCCAUCCUACAUGAACCAGGAGAGGACAAAUUUGGCUAUGAGAAACCUGAGGAGCGUUGGCUGCCCAUCCACACUGUAGAGACAAUCAUGAUUAGUGUUAUAUCCAUGUUAGCUGACCCCAAUGGUGACUCACCUGCCAAUGUGGAUGCUGCUAAAGAGUGGAGAGAGGAUCCCAAUGGUGAGUUCAAGAGGAAAGUUGCCCGCUGUGUGAGAAAAAGCCAAGAGAUGGCAUUCGACUAGGGGCCUCAUCACUGUUACGUUUAUUAGUACAUAUAAUAUGGUAUCAGUUCCCAUCAGUUUCAUAUCUUGGUCAAACUCAACAGAAAUGUCAGUUGGAUUUAUUUUCCCGUUUCUGUGUUGAUUUGAAAAACUAUUAAAAGCUCAUAUAAAUUGAAUAGAUUCAACUGAUAUUGUCUAUCAAAUGUGUGAUAAUGCUUCAUUGCCUAAAUCAAAUUCUAACAAUCCUCCCUCAGAUACUUCAACCACAAACUUUCAUUUCACUUCUCGACAGCCUGUUGCAGCAGUUAUUUGGGGUUGCACCAGUUAGUGAAAUGAAAGAAAAGCAACCAUAGGAUUAUAAUUUGAUUUUUUUUUCUGAAUGUGUGAAUUUUAGCACGUUUUGUUAUUUCCUAUUUCCCCCAGUCCUCUAGUGUGUCUGGAUUAUUUAUCUUAAUUAUGAUGAAAUGUAUUGCAUGACACUUGUUUUGACUCGCUUUUUUAUCUGCCACUGAGCCAUCAAUUUUGAACAAAGUCUUUUAUGCAAUUCUGGAGUGUUUUGUGCAUUUAUGGUACCAGUAGAGGUUGAUUGUCAGAGUGUGAACAUGUCACGUCAAACAGCCCUAUUCCCUUAAAACAAUACCAUAGGUGUCUCUCAACAAGGGCCAUCUAUUUCUCUUCUGCCUUAAGUUGUUCUCCUGUAAGAAAGGAAAAUUGUAUUCAGUGAUGUCAAGUCAAUCUCAACAUCUGGAAUCCUCUUGGACAAACCAAAAAGUUCGAUAUUUGCAUGAGACACAAUAUUUUUUUGUAUAAAUGGUAAGCUCAAAAGCUGUAUUUUUUGUGUAUGUAAAUAUGUAUUGUACCAUAGCUUUAUCGGUCGAGUCAAUUGUAUGUGAUCUUUCCCCCCACACUUAGUUGUAUGGCUGUAGUCUCUGUUCACUCUGUUUACCAAGGCCUCAUCUUGUAAUUGCUCAUUAAAAUGUAGCAUUUGUCUUACAUA